AUGCACCUGAGGACGACAGAGCCAGAAGAGACUUCAUUUGACGAUAAAGAAGCCGUGAGAAUUGCUAUGUGGAAGGGCUUCGGGCUAGAUCUGAUGCUGGAAAAGGAGCAUCAGCCCCUACUGGGGACCCCGGAGGCCCGCAAUGCCAUUUGUGUUGAAGUGGUCUGCUCCGUUGCAGCCACCUGGCUGGGCGGCCCCGGCACCUUCAGGACCAUGCAGCGCCGGCACACCACCCUGAGGGAGAAGGGCCGCCGCCAGGCCACGCGGGGCCCGGCCUACAUGUUCAACGAGAAGGGCACCAGCCUGACGCCGGAGGAGGAGCGCUUCCUGGACUCGGCCGAGUACGGCAACAUCCCGGUGGUCAGGAAGAUGCUGGAGGAGUCCAAGACACUCAACUUCAACUGCGUGGACUACAUGGGGCAGAACGCGCUGCAGCUGGCCGUGGGCAACGAGCACCUGGAGGUGACCGAGCUGCUGCUCAAGAAGGAGAACCUGGCGCGCGUGGGCGACGCGCUGCUGCUGGCCAUCAGCAAGGGCUACGUGCGCAUCGUCGAGGCCAUCCUGGGCCACCCGGCCUUCGCGCAGGGCCGGCGCCUGGCGCUCAGCCCGCUCGAGCAGGAGCUGCGCGACGACGACUUCUACGCCUACGACGAGGACGGCACGCGCUUCUCGCACGACAUCACGCCCAUCAUCCUGGCGGCGCACUGCCAGGAGUACGAGAUCGUGCACAUCCUGCUGCGGCGCGGCGCGCGCAUCGAGCGCCCGCACGACUACUUCUGCAAGUGCACGCAGUGCGCCGAGCGCCAGCGCCGCGACGCCUUCAGCCACUCGCGCUCGCGCAUGAACGCCUACAAGGGCCUGGCCAGCGCCGCCUACCUGUCGCUGUCCAGCGAGGACCCCGUGCUCACCGCGCUGGAGCUCAGCAACGAGCUGGCCAGGCUGGCCAACAUCGAGACCGAGUUCAAGAACGAUUACAGGAAGUUAUCUAUGCAAUGCAAGGAUUUUGUGGUGGGCGUGCUGGACCUGUGCCGAGACACAGAAGAGGUGGAAGCGAUUUUAAAUGGCGAUGUGAAUUUCCAAGUCUGGUCUGACCACCACCGUCCAAGUCUGAGCCGGAUCAAACUCGCCAUUAAAUACGAAGUCAAGAAGUUCGUUGCUCAUCCUAACUGUCAGCAGCAAUUGCUUACCAUGUGGUAUGAAAAUCUCUCAGGCUUACGUCAACAGUCUAUCGCUGUGAAAUUCCUGGCUGUCUUUGGAGUCUCCAUAGGCCUUCCUUUUCUCGCCAUAGCCUAUUGGAUUGCUCCGUGCAGCAAGCUAGGAAGAACCCUGAGGAGUCCUUUCAUGAAGUUUGUGGCCCAUGCAGUUUCCUUUACUAUCUUCCUGGGAUUGUUAGUGGUGAACGCAUCUGACCGAUUUGAAGGUGUUAAAACCCUGCCCAAUGAAACCUUCACGGACUACCCAAAGCAGAUCUUCAGAGUGAAAACCACGCAGUUCUCCUGGACAGAAAUGCUCAUCAUGAAGUGGGUCUUAGGAAUGAUCUGGUCUGAGUGCAAGGAGAUCUGGGCGGAGGGCCCGCGGGAGUACGCGCUGCACCUGUGGAACCUUCUGGACUUCGGCAUGCUGUCCGUCUUCGUGGCGUCCUUCACGGCGCGCUUCAUGGCCUUCCUCAAAGCCAGCGAGGCCCAGCUGUACGUGGACCGGCACGUGCCGCACGCCACGCUGCGCAACGCCUCGCUUCCGCCGGAAGUGGCCUACUUCACCUACGCCAGGGACAAGUGGUGGCCUUCAGACCCUCAGAUCAUAUCAGAAGGGCUGUAUGCCAUCGCUGUGGUCCUGAGCUUCUCACGCAUCGCCUACAUCCUGCCAGCCAAUGAGAGCUUUGGCCCUCUGCAGAUCUCCCUGGGGAGAACUGUGAAAGACAUCUUCAAGUUCAUGGUCAUCUUCAUUAUGGUGUUCGUGGCCUUCAUGAUUGGGAUGUUCAACCUGUACUCUUACUAUCGAGGUGCAAAGUACAACCCAGCGUUUACAACGGUCGAAGAAAGUUUCAAAACCUUAUUUUGGUCCAUAUUUGGCCUCUCCGAAGUCAUCUCGGUGGUGCUGAAAUACGACCACAAGUUCAUCGAGAACAUCGGCUACGUGCUGUACGGCGUGUACAACGUCACCAUGGUGGUAGUGCUGCUCAACAUGCUCAUAGCCAUGAUCAACAACUCCUACCAGGAAAUCGAGGAGGACGCGGACGUGGAGUGGAAGUUCGCCCGAGCAAAGCUCUGGCUGUCGUACUUCGAUGAGGGGAGGACUCUACCCGCUCCUUUUAACCUAGUGCCGAGUCCCAAAUCCUUUUAUUAUCUCAUAAUGAGAAUCAAGAUGUGCCUCAUAAAACUCUGCAAAUCUAAGGCCAAAAGCUGUGAAAACGACCUUGAAAUGGGCAUGCUGAAUUCCAAAUUCAGGAAGACUCGCUACCAGGCUGGCAUGAAGAAUUCUGAAAACCUGACAUCAAACAACACCUUCAGCAAGCCCACCAGAUACCAGAAGAUCAUGAAACGGCUCAUAAAAAGAUACGUCCUGAAGGCCCAGGUGGACAGAGAGAACGACGAAGUCAAUGAAGGUGAGCUGAAGGAAAUCAAGCAGGAUAUCUCCAGCCUUCGCUACGAGCUUCUCGAGGAGAAAUCCCAAGCCACUGGCGAGCUGGCAGAUCUGAUCCAACAGCUCAGCGAGAAAUUCGGAAAGAACUUAAACAAAGAUCACCGGGUGAACAAGGGCAAGGACAUUUAG